UGGAGCGGUAUCCUAGCAACCACAGACGCCAGCGCCGUGUUUCGUCUAUCUGGAGUUUCACUUUUCUGAAGCUUUUUUUUUGUUUUGUUUCUUUUGUUUUUUUGUUUUUUUGUUGUUGAUUGUUAGCUAGGAAGAUGGACGUAUCACUCGAGGCACAAACUAAACCGCUUUCUACUUUGUCUCCAUACGGUUACAUCCCACCACGACGGAAGGACCCAAAAGAAAUGUCGUACUUUAACAAAGAGUCCACGGCCCCAGAGGUCUCCAUGUAUGACCAAGUGUUCCACCAGGCUGAGGGUUAUGAUAUGAGAGCGCACCGGGAUGACAGGAGACACUACAAAGGAAGAGGACUAGACAUAUACGAGGAGGAGAAGUCCCGAGUUGUGCCAGUGAGAUCCUCCUCAGACUACGGCCGCCGUCCUGCUCCUGUCCUCUACCAAACAGGCCGGCAGUACGCACGUGUGGCUUGCAUAAAAGCUGAAUUUUUCAUGAAGAACGGGAUCAUCUGGAAUGUGGCUGAAGGAUACGGAUCAGUGGCCCCCAUUUGAAGUAUCGCAGCAUGAGAUGAAAGUGUUUGUUCUCACCAUGAAGGCAUUGAAUAAUAAACCAGUGUUGGAGUGCGUCA